AUGCUUGAGUUGGGUACUUAUGACACAGUGUUGCUUCAAUCGGUCUUCGUGGCGUCAAGCGUCAAUGUUGGCCAAAUUUGUAAUUCAAAGUUUAAUAUACCCUUCUAUGUUUCUCAACCAUACACCGGCGGUCUUUGCGAGGGCCGGUUCACGCUGGCGUUGGACGCGGGUCCUCGCAGUACUUGUGCAUCCUCAAAUGGGCAUAGAGGCACGAAGGUUAAUUAA